GGAGUGGGGCGUGUUGGACACGAGCUCCGCUGGGAUGUUGCGGCAGGUGUCCGAGGAGGACGCUCGCGAGAUCGUCUCGUCCCUGGGCCCGGAGGUGAGAAAUCCGUCGGCUUUCGUGACCAAGGCGCUGAAGCUUCGCAACCUGGCGGCCUUCCCCGACCGCCUGGACAGAGCGAAGGCCGGCACCAUGUCCCAAGACAUUGCCAUGGACAGGUACGCCGCGGAGUUGCGGGCGGCCGCGGCAGCCGGGGAGAGCUUCAGCCGCUCGAUGGCGAGAUGGACUGCGAGAUCGACGAUUCCCAGGUGGCCGCGGCGACUGCCGCCAGGAGGGCAGCGCAGGCGGAGGCAGACACGGCCGCUGCCGAGGCCGCCCAGGCUGAGGAGGGCCGAGGCGGCGCGCGUCUCAGCCGAGGCCGCGGUGGCCGAGGCGGCCGCUGCGCAGGCGUUGGCCGAGGCGGCCGCCGCCGAGGCGGCGGCAAGGGCAGCCCGAAGGGGUGCGCGAAGCUCCUCUUCGAAGCUCUACGUCUUCGGCCAGGUAUUGGGGGGGAGAACCAGGUUAUCGCUUGACUCACGGCAUUCAGCGGAAAACUACCCAGUCACAAAUGUUCGGAAUCCCGCACGAAUUUCUUGGAUCGGUGUUGGGCG